CCACGUUAUCCAUUACUGUUCCACACCAAACUGAUAUCUGCAUCUAUCUUUUAAGAAUUGCAUAUUAUAGACGGACAAACAUAUGUAUGCUAUAGCUUGGCAGAGGACACACAAGGUAAUGUUAUUUCUUGUUACCAAAUGGUAUAUUUCACUAGCUCACUUCAAACUAGGUGUAACCCAAAAUCUAGUUCAAAAUCCCAUCUGUAUCUUGUCUACCCCCAUAUCUGAACUGUAAAGAACAAAAUCGGUAAAAUUCACGUCUAUAAUCUAAUUGUCGCUAAUAACGAAUUCCGUUUGUAUCUCGAUAGAUAAAAUGGCUCCUGGGAAAAUUAUUGUACAAUACAUCGUUAGUCUCGCUCGCCUCCCAAUUUAUCAGUAAGUCUUAAAUUACUUAUAUGAAAUGGUGAUGCAUUCAUAAAUGUCCCGACUUUGAUGUGUAACAUUUGUAUGACCUACGUAUAUACUGGCAAUACCGCUAGAUGGAUAAGGUGUUAAUUGGUGAAGGUUGCAAUAAGGUGCCAUUUUUUUUCUUUUCUUUGAAGCAACCAAAACUCUCGGCCCUUAAAAUGUUCAAUUAUCAAGAUUAGAAAUUGAAGACGUUUCAAUACAAUAAUUUCUUUUCUUUACUUCCUUUCGAUGUCUUUUAGAGGAAGCUCACGUUCACACGGGAGUCGCAAUGCGCUAGCAUUGUACAGUGUAAGAAUUUACCAAACAAAUACAGAACAGUUCCCACUAAAAUGAUGGAAGAAGAAAUUCUUGGGGUUUCCCACGAUCUACUCUUUGUAAGCCGUGCGGUUCCAAUUUAAAGUCACCUGCAAAUAUACCUGAUCAUGUACAUUUCAGUUGAACGAUGAUGUAAACAAACAGCUAUGCUUUUGAAACUCCUUUAAUAAUACCCAAUUUUUAGAUCAUAAUUGCCUGUAAAUGAAGUAUAUAUAUUACUGUGACAUUAAAAUGUAUUUCGCUUUAAUAUGUACUUUAAAAUUUAACUCAAGCACGUGGACAGCAGCAACUUUCUUUAAUGAUAGACGCCUGCCAUGUGUAUUUUCAAUACAAUAUGCAUGGCACGGGCCGCGCAUCUGGCGCGCGCGUGAGGGCCGUCGGCCAAUCGCAUCGUGUGUGACAAUCGGUAUCAAACAAUCUACGCAUGUCGGACAAGCGACUGACUGUCAAUCAACCGCGGGUAACAAUUAACGGGAGGUGUGCGCUUCGUUCUGAGACACUUUUUAAUACAUUAGAGUGCGUGGGAAACGUAGGUCAAUUUUACUCCGAACGUGGCUCAGGAAGGGAGCAACAUCCGCAAUUUAUUUCUUAACAACUUCACCUUUUCCGUUAGGAGAAAGAAAAAAAAUGAAGCGAAGCUUAAGCGAUAGUGAGGCUGAAGAUUGCUAUGACGAUGCUCUGAAAGCAAGUUCUCCUUCACAAAGUUGUCAAAUCGGAGACAGGAAAAAGAGGCGAGGGGUGAUUGAAAAGCGUCGGAGAGAUCGCAUCAAUAACAGCCUCUCGGAGCUCAGAAGACUUGUACCCUCUGCAUUUGAAAAACAGGGUUCAGCCAAACUGGAGAAAGCUGAAAUACUUCAAAUGACAGUAGACCACUUAAAACUGCUACAUCAGAAAGGCCUGAAUACUUACAAUUAUCCCGACCCACAAGCACUGGCGAUCGAUUAUCGGGGUGUCGGAUUCCGAGAGUGUGCUGCCGAAGUUGCACGGUAUUUGGUAGCAGUGGAGGGACUCGACUUGCAAGACCCUCUCCGAAUGAGGUUGCUCAGUCACCUUCAGUGUUUUUCUGCUCAACGAGAGGCUGCGGCAAAAGCUUCCCUUCAGCAUUCCUCGUGGAGUCCCCUACCCACCCACACAGGAAUUAACAGUCAGUAUCCAGCAAGUGCUAUGACACCCAUGGGGUCAAUGAUUACGUCACAAUUACCAAAUCAACCGGACUUGCCUAUGGGACCUCAUUCUUCCGCACAGGCACUGUCAUCGUUAUCUUACAGUGAUACAAGAGUGAGUCAACCCGAUAUUUCUUCCUCAUCUCUUCAUGGUAACAUGCGAAUUCAGUCAUCGAACGUGCCAGCACAUUCUCAGAUGUCGAACAUGAACAGUACGGGACAGGAACCUUUAAUAUCUUCUAUUCCCCAACUCUCCAGUCAAUUCCAAGUGUCCCUAAAUUCUAUGCCCAUGAUGUCACAAAACGGAAAUAAUUUCAACAGUGCGAAACCCUAUCGACCUUGGGGUGCAGAACUUGCUUACUGAUUUGCUGAAAACAUAUCUAUAUCACAUUCCCAAAAGUCAAAUAGAGGCAACCUGAGUGAUCUAUAAACUGCGACUUCAAAGCUUUCUGUGGCCUAAAAGUGCUUUGUUUUAUUUAUACCUGGAUAAAGAUGCUUUUGAUAUUGGAUAUACGUGCCAUGUGUUCAGGGGUAUUGCAAUAAUUAUUUCUUGUAUAUACAUGUAUAUUUUUUGAAUUUUUUCACAUAUGUUGUUUUUAUAUAUUUCAUUUUAUAGUGCUUCAUUUUUAUGAUUUUAUUAAUUUUUUAUUAUACAUUUUGCAAUAGGUCGACAGACGUUUUGAAUGUGCUUAUAUAGAACAUUUUUCUUUGUUUUAGUAUUUUAUUUAUUCUACAAAUGAGUGUUCACCCAUCAAACAGUGUAGAUUCCUUGUUCCACUUUAAAAAACUGUUCACUUGUUGUAACUUCAUUAUCAACUAUGCAAAAAUUUCAUCCAUCAACAACGAAAUAUAGUGAUUAAGACAAUUUUCCAAUACUUACAACGAUGCAAUGUACUUCACUGUAUUUUUGUAGAAGAAAAUACUUGUAUUGAUUUUCAUGAAUGUUUACAAAUCAAAAUUACUAUGCCUGUGCAUUUGCCUGACAUGUACAUUUUGAAUAUUUUUUAAAUUUGACAAAAUAAAUUUAAAAUACA